UCGAUCUAGUGUAAGGCACAGGAAGACUGUACGCUGUGCGUGGCGACGAUUUGUCUGAUUCCCCAUCUAAGAUGGCGACCAAAUAUUCUACUGUACAUUACUAGCAGGGGGCGCAACGAGAGGUGGGGAGAGGACCCUCGUUCGUUUCCGGGUGACUAGAAAGGCCGAGUGAAGGUAUGUUGACAUAUCACUUCCGGAGCGCUGUGUUCCGGCGGUGGCCCCGUCCCGGCCAGCCUGCAACCCCGGAGGGUUGAGUACCAGAAGGAGGGCAGCCAUGGAGAAAGGAGGUAAUAUACAGCUAGAAAUCCCAGAGUACAGCAACUCUGUCCUGAGCCACCUAAAUCAACUGCGAAUGCAAGGCAGACUGUGUGACAUUGUUGUCAAUGUACAGGGACAGUCAUUCCGGGCCCACAAAGUUGUUCUAGCUGCUAGCUCCCCCUAUUUCCGUGACCACAUGUCCCUCAAUGAGAUGAGUGCAGUCUCACUUUCAGUCAUCAAGAAUCCUGGUGUUUUCGAGCAGUUGCUCUCAUUUUGUUAUACAGGACGGAUCUGUUUGCAGAUUGCUGAUAUUAUUAGCUAUCUGACAGCUGCCAGCUUCUUGCAGAUGCAACAUGUCAUAGACAAGUGCACUCAAAUACUGGAGGGCAUCCACUUGAAAAUUAGCUCACCAGAAUCUGAGGAAGAAUUAAGCCAGAGUCGACCGAAACAUGCAGAGAGGGCACAAGAUGUUCACCGUGUUAGCCAGAGCCUGAGCCGUUCCAUAAGUCCAAGACACAGCACUCCUCGUAGUUCGGGGACUAGGAGGGGUCAGGUAAGCACUGUGUUGGACAUUCGGGAGUUGAGCCCAGCUGAAGAAUCCACAAGCCCUCAGAUGGUUGAGCAGGGAUCUGAUGUGGAAAGCAGAGAACCUAUCCUGAGAAUCAACCGGGCGGGUCAGUGGUAUGUAGAGACAGGGAUAGCAGACCGUGGAGAACGUAGUGAUGAUGAAGUCAGAGUGAUGGGGGGAAUGCGAAUUAAGUCUGAGAACCUUGAGGAGUGGCUGGGACCAGAGAACCAGCCGUCUUGUGAAGAUGGGAGCAGUGCAGAAGAAGUGACUGCCAUGGUGAUUGAUACCACAGGACAUAGUGCAACUGCACAGGAAAGCUACAGUUUGGGGUCAUCUGGAACAAAAGUAUCUAGACCAACAAGCAGUGAAAUGGACAGGUUCAGCCCCUCUGGCAGCAUGGUUACUAUGACAGAGAGACACAGAGCAAAGAGUGAGUCUCCAAGGAGGAUGGAGGAAUCCAAGCAGAACAACUCACAGGGAGAUGAAGCGGGGGUUAUUGGAGUGAGUGGAUAUGUGGAAUAUCUCCGUGAUCAAGAGGUGUCGGAGCGGUGGUUCCGUUACAACCCGCGACUGACGUGCAUCUACUGUGCAAAGUCUUUCAACCAAAAGGGCAGUCUAGAUCGCCAUAUGAGAUUGCACAUGGGCAUCACUCCAUUUGUUUGUAGGAUGUGUGGGAAGAAAUAUACACGAAAAGAUCAGCUGGAGUAUCAUAUCCGAAAGCAUACUGGAAAUAAGCCCUUUCACUGCCAUGUGUGUGGAAAAAGCUUCCCUUUUCAGGCCAUACUUAAUCAGCACUUUCGCAAAAACCAUCCUGGCUGUGUUCCACUUGAGGGGCCACAUAGCAUUUCCCCCGAAACCACCACUGUUGUCACCUCCAGGGGUCCAACAGGAGAAGAAUCUCCCUGUCACGAGGAAGCAGUGGGUGUGGCCCCUUCAGCAACAGUUGAGGUGGCAUAUGGAGGGGAGUCAGCUCAUGGCUCUGUUUCUACAACAGGACCAGACUGAAAAACAGCAUUUUAUAUUUAAGGAUGACCUAGAAUGACAAAUUUUCCUCCCUUUUACCUCAGCUGCCCCACCAUUACUUAUUGUUCAUCCAUACUUCACAUAUGAGGCAUCAUGAGUUGGCAGCAGAAGAAUGUUGAAAUGUAUUGCCAAAAUCAAUAUAAGGAAAAUUUUGUAUCAGAAUCCGCUGGGCUCUUUUCCAUCUUUCCAAAAGCAACCACAUUGUUUGUUAAAAAGACAAUUGUAGGAGGAGAAGUAUCUUUUUAGUGACUCAUCAGUGCAUUUUUACAUAUACAGGUUUCAUUUAAUAGAUAUGGGAGUAUAAAUGGUAAUACUAAAGAGUUUUAUAUAACAUUAAUCAGUGAUGCAUCUAUUCCCUGGAAAUGGCAGGGUAGAAGCAGCACAUAUUUAUUGCAAAAAGCUUCCUUUUAAACAUGGUAUAACAGAAGUGUUCCUCUGCCCCAUUCAAACAUUAAGGGAAAGAAGUUAAUAUUAAGGUGCUUUUUGUGGAUUUUCCGACACACACAGAAGUAGGAAGUAGAUAUAGUCUAGCUGGUUCAUUAGGGAUUUACAUGUAGAAAUUAGCAAAUUCUCACUAGAUGCACAUAAGGACCCAAGUCACAACAUGUCUGUUAGUUUGUCUUUCUUUUUCUUCCAUAAACCCUUUGUAGCUCUUACUGUAAAACUCAAACACAUACUGUACACAUUUUGUUCACCACAGUAAGAGAAGGUUCCUUAAGAAAUUCUAGUUGGAGGUGAUAGGUUGUACUAAGCAUUAGAAUGAGGUGCAUGAUGCAUACAUCCUCGAUUCAUGUCAACAACAUCUCAUAGAUUUUCCUCUUCUGAUUCCAGUGAUGUUUAGAGAUUCACCUUUGACUCCACCUAGAAGGUUCCAGGUGGAUUUUUUUGGUUUUCAACAGCAAUGGAGAUUCCUUUAAUAACACAAGUUGGAAUUCCAAAUGAAUUGCACUUAAUGGCUUAAUUAAACACCGUGAUGGAGCCCAAAGACUUUGCUGCCAAACCUACCUUCCCCAGCAAUGUUGACUGGGUGAUUCUCUUUUUUUAAACAAACUGCAGAAACAGAAACACAACACAACACUGCUUUUUACACAAUCUAGUUUAUAUAAUAUGCAUUUCAUGAACCCCAAACCACCGAAAAUGUAUUGUGCUGUAUGCCUCUCAGGAAUGGGAUAACAGCAGUAUUUCAGAUAAUAUGGCGUGGCUUAUUUUCUUACCAGAAACAAGCAGCAUGUUUGAUUUAUUAAUACAUAUUCUUGCUUUCUUUUGCAGCUUCUCUCUUUAAUAUGGCACAACAUUAAUUCUGCUUGCUUUUCAGUUGUAUAUUAAUUUGAUUUCACUUUGUUGGUGUCUCAUUUUGAUUACUCUGUGGAGCUUGUGUAGACUGAAGAACAGACCCAAUUCUCUUUACAACUCAGGGUAUUUAAUCCAUACUAUACAAUGUACCUCUUGAGCUUAGAAUUUAGUAUUGUGCAAUGGGGAGAAGUAUUACAGAAGUUGACAUUUUCUUCCAUCUAAUACCUGCAUGCAAUAUUCUGACUAGUUGGGAGUUAACAUCCCACUUUUUUUUUUUUUUAAAUAAUUUUAGAAAAGUUACUAAAUUGUCAGAAUUAUAGGAGAUCGUAUUAAAAAGGGAAGUGCUGGGCAAUUGUUGGUUUCAUGUUAUGAAACAAAUAGUAAAUAUGUUCAUAGUGGAAACGAAUACUGUAAUUAUCAAGCUGGGCACAGUACUUUAAUCACUUGCCCUUUGAUAGAAAAGCAAUUUUUUCUUACAGGUUGGGGUGAAAUGGAAUGUUUUAUAACUGUAAAAUUGCACUUUAAAUACAAGCUAGCCUGUUCAAUGUAGGCAAUAAACUCACCUCAAUUGAUUAGGUUGAUAAAUUCGGUGCUGUGAUUUUAGCACUGCAAUAAUAAACGUGUUUGGGGAGUAGAAUUACUGUAAUAGUCCUGAAACAUUUCAGUAUUUUAUACAACAAGGAGCAAGUCAAAUCAUACAUUUAAUUUGGAUUGGGCAGACAACUGCCCUUCCAGCCAUAGUGGUCCUAUUGAAUAUAUGGGUCACAUCAGUAAAUGAUUAUCUAGAUCAAUGCUGUUCACCUCUUUCUACACAGCAGCCCAAAUAUCAAGUAUACCAAUUUUUUUAGUGGCAUCAAAAAGUGAGGUUUAUGGCAGCCUUGCAGCCACUAAUUUAACUUGAGCCUACAAACAGGUUUAGAGUCUACCAAAUGGGCAAACAGAGUACAGUAAAGUUGAACUGUCCUGUAGCAUAGUACAGUAUUUAAACUUUGUUCCCUAUUAGACUUUCAUGUUAUCACUUAUGACAAAAAAUCUGGCUGUAUAAUUUCUGGUUUGUAUAUUUCAACAAAAUAUAAUGUCUAGACGUGUUAUUUUCUUCUGCUCCAUUUAUGUACAGAUUUUUAGUAAAGGGAAUCCAGUAAAGGGUUGAUUCAUUCUUGUUUACAGUGUUUUGGACCUGGAAAUGCAGCUGAAAUAGGUUUCCAGUUACCUCAUUUUGGUAUGAGCUCUUAUCAAUCGAAGGGUUAAAGUUCAGACACAGUUCAGUUCCUUAUCAGGACCAUCUAGCUGCUGAUUGGUUCCUAUCAGGCCUGGAUUGGCAAUGCCAGAGGGGCUGCUUUAAUUUGCCAUAUAAAGUCACUAUGUAUUGGGCUUGUGGAGGGCUGUUUGAGCCUCAAUGUAUUUGGAAUGCCAGGGCCUAUUUUGACUUCUAGUCCAGACCUGGUUCCUAUUCUACAGUGCAGCUCACAGCUCCUCUGCACAGCCUGGGAAAUGAGGUAGCAGGAAGUGGAUGGACAGGGUUUUUGGAGAUAUUUUCAAUAAAUAACCCAAAACACUA